AUGCAUAAUGGUUUAUUAUCUGGUCCUGAUAGCUUUUUACAUGUCCCUAAAGUUAGAGACUAUUGGAGUAUUGAGUUAGGGUUCUCUCAAAUAUACAAAUGUAUGAGUCGUACAAGAUUUGAGGCAAUUCGUUCCUGUUUACACUUCAAUGAUAACUCUAAAUUAUUACCUGUUACUGAUAUUAAUCAUGACCGCCUUCACAAAUUAAGACCAUUAGUUGAUUAUUUGAAUAAUAAAUUUAAAAGUGUACCAUAUCGCCAAGAUCUUUCCCUUGAUGAACAGCUUUGUGCCACAAAAGCCCAUUCAUAUUUAAAACAAUAUUUACCUGCUAAGCCCCACAAAUGGGGAUUCAAGCUUUAUGUUUUAUGUGAUUACAAAGGCUAUGCAUAUAAUUGUGAGAUAUACACUGGUCAAGAAAAUCAACCCAGGUUUCGUUUACCAUCAGAACCAGAUUUGGGAUCAAGCUCCAAUAUAGUAGUUCGUCUAUCAAGAGAUGUGCCUCAAUAUAAUAAUUACAAAAUUUAUUUUGAUAAUUUUUAUACAAGUGUCCCAGUUAUGGAUUACUUAUACAGCAGAGGUAUAUUGAGCUUAGGCACAGUACGCACUAACCGAUUACCUAAUUGUAAAUUAAAUGAUUCAAAAAUGCAAAAAAAAUUGUUAAGAGGAAAAUCUAUUGAAUAUAUUUCUUCUUACAAAAAUACACCUAUAUCAGCAUUAACAUGGAAAGAUAACAAGCCUGUAACAUUAUUGUCAACUUAUGCUGGAAAAUUACCUGAAACUAAAGUAAAAAGAUUCAAUCGCUCUACAAAAAUUGUAAAUUCAUGGUUAUUAUAUAAGAGGGUCAGAGAAGAACAGAAUUUGCCUGUACAGUUUGAGCUAGCUGACUGGAGAAAGAAAAUAGCAUACUCAUUGACAAAAUCAGGAGAUUUCAAGAAUCAAAGAGGACGUCGUUCUAUAUCUAUAGAAACUAAAAGGGCUUCGACAAGGGCUUUAGCAAUGCACCCAACUCGUGCAGUUAGAACUGAUGGUGUUGGGCAUUCUCAAAUAAGGGCAAAUAAACGAGGAAGAUGUAAAUUCCCAAAAUGCAAUGGAUACACCUGGAUACAAUGUAAUAAAUGUGAUAUUCUUUUAUGCAACUCAAAGACUAAAACAUGUUUUAAUAGAUAUCAUGAUGAAUAA